GCACUACAGGAGCUUCCUGUCAAUUGGCUUCUUAACGCCUGUCGUGCACAUAGUGUGUUAAUGUUUAUGAUGAAGGUGGAUGAAUAGUGCCUCUCCAAAAGGUGACAUUGCUGCAAUAAGCUGGUCUGGGUGACCUUUGUGUUCUUGGCAACUAGCAGGGUCCACAGGAACUGGCACAGGGGAACGUUAUUGGUCCCCUGCCACAGAUCCACAGGUCUUAGAUUACCUGCCACAACUCAGGAGAGAUUACUGAUCCAAUGUUCCUCUCCAGAAUUGUCUGUUUCCACAGGAGAGGAUCCAGGGCUGGAUUUGGACCUCACCUUUGUUCUGACUAAUAAGUCGCUCAAACUACGACUCCCAGCAUUCAACGCGGCGGGAGCUAGGAAAGCGGUGCUCGGCUCGCUCGGACCAGGCUCGGGCGGAGCUGCAUUUGCUCCUCCACAGCGGGUUGAAACAAGCAGAGAACACACAGCGGGGCAUUUCUUCUCACGGUUGAUCUUCAGACGGGAUCUCUCAGCAUGGGGAAUGGCAUCAAUAAGGUCCUCCCUGACUUGUACUUGGGGAAUUUCAAAGAUGCCAAAGACCGAGAACAAUUAGCCAAAAACAACAUCACACACAUCCUGUCCAUUCAUGACAGUGCUGCUCCCAUACUCCAGGAGAUGACCUAUCUCUGCAUUUCAGCAGCUGACCUGCCCACACAGAACCUGACUCAGCACUUUAAACAAAGUAUAAUGUUCAUGCACGAGUCCCGCCUGAAAGGAGAAGGCUGCCUUGUUCACUGUUUGGCAGGUGUGUCCCGCAGUGUCACCCUGGUGGUGGCUUACAUCAUGACGGUGACGGGACUGGGCUGGCAGGAGGCGCUGGCUGCAGUGAGGGUGGUCCGGCCCUGUGCUGGCCCCAACCUGGGCUUCCAACGCCAACUCCAGGAGUUUGAGGCCACUCACGCUGACCAGUUCAGAGAAUGGCUACAGAAGGAAUAUAAGGACAACUCCUUCAGUGAUGAGGCUGAUCUACGUGACUUGCUUGCCAGGACGUCUAAAGUCAAUGGUGAGGGGGUGGAUAAACAGGCCGCUACCCCACCUGGAGGCAUCUGAUCGGAUCUCUUGAUGAUAUAUUUUGCUGCUCAGCCUGGAGGAUUACAGUGACCUGUCUGGAAGUCUAAUUUGAUUAGAAGUGGACUGUCAGGAUGUUUAUCACAGCUGGAGUGAUCCUCUAAAAUAUCAUGGACAUGAACACUGAAAGAGACAAUUAACAUGUGACGCACAGAUACCGUUUUAGCUUUGGUUGAUGUUUAUGGAAUUUUCUUCUUCUAAUUUAUGAAUGUUAUGUUUUUUUCUUUUUGUAUUGUGUCAUGAUGAUUUCAAAUUGCAAAAAAUAAAAGGAGAAAAGUCAA